CUGGGCGCCCGUUUCCCUAUUUGCACGGAAAAGAGACAAGUGUCUCGCUUAUCCCUCAUCUGUCUGUUGGCUGCUAUUCCAGAUUCCAUGACUCGGGCGCCUGGAGGAGGAAGGGAGAAGAGGAGUGGAGGGAAACACCAAGUGAAGGGUCUCUAG